CUACAAUAUCAAGACCCUAACAGCAUCAUGUCUACUAACAAAGUCAGUUCCAGCUCUUCGCCGAUGGACAUUGACGAGAAGAAUACAUUGCUAUCUGAGCCAUCUGCCUCCACAGGCACAGCCUCCGCCUCUACUGCAACAGCACCAUCUUAUUCUCCUCUUUAUGCGACAGCCAAACCCACCAGCAUGACAGUCCUCGAGGCUCCUACGCCAGACAUCCCAGAUGACCCGACAACCACCAUUCCACCACCGGAAUCUCUUACUGCUACGUCUGCCUCUGCAUCUCCGCCACCACCGCAGCCAGGUGCUGUGCCCGUCCCUGACCCAACCAGUAGCAUAGCUUCCAUCCCGAAGGAUCAGCAAAAGCAAGCUACAGAAGAUGAACCCAAAGCUGGAAUUGAGGACCAUUCAUCUCCUCCAGUGCCGGCACCUGCACCGAAGAGCGGCGCUGUGCGCACGCCUGCACCAGCUUUACAAACACGAACACAUGAAGUACCGCCUUCUUCAAACCCUAACCCUGCACCUGCUAUCAUAACCAGUGCACCUGCGUUCCCCCCAGGCGAAACAGCUCCUACCUCAACCUCGACGUCCUCUACCGGAGGCAUAUAUCCAGCUCAACCUCAAACAGCUAGGGCAACAACGACAGCUAGUUCUUAUAGCUACACAUCAGGGCCAAGCUCAAGCUCUGGCUACAGUUACCAGUCCCAAUAUCAAGGUCCAGUUCCCAACUCAACAACAACACCCUACGCCUCGGUCUACACUCCUCCCUCGGCAUCUACCUCCACCACCCUUCCUCUGCACAGCGCCACUGCCACUAGCUCAAAUUUAGGUACACAUACUGAUGGCGGUGAAGGUGAAGGGGGCCUCUGGGAAAGCACAAAAUCGUGGCUGCACAGCGCGGGGAACAAGCUUGCUGAAGUGGAGGCCGAGGUCUGGAAAAGGAUUAAUGAGGCACAUGAUAGUGAUAAUAAAUGAGCGUGUGCUCUAGGUGUCUCUUUCGAUUUUGUGGUUUAUGUUUGGUUGCACCGUCUACGUCUUUUUUACGACGAGCUUGGUUGGGUAACAGAAUGGAAGGGCUUAAGUGUUUAGAGAGUAAGGCUCAUCCGAGAUAUAUCUGGCGAAUACUACUGAUAGAGGUGGGAGCAGGGUUUAGAAAAGUUGGGUAGUUCUGAAUGAUCCAUAACGCUCUCUACUUGCAAAAUUGCAUCAAAAAUAAGAUAAUAAUAUUUCCAUUUCCUUGUUGAAUUGGGAUCCCCAGUUCCAAUCUGAAGUUCUAAUCAAACCAAACCAUGACCAGACACCAAGCUGAGAUAAAAGUUCGACAGCAAAGUGAACCGGCAAAAUGAAGAUACAGAGUGGCGAGGGCAGUAUAUUAAACUCAAUGCCGGGGGUACUGCAUGCCCGUGCGUGUUAUAUCAGGGAAAAAAU